AUGGACGUUGAACUCUCUACGCCAACUCAACGUAGCAGUGAAGAAGAGGAUGAACUACACCGCAGUGUAAAGAAGUUUAAAGAAAGCAAUGGAGCUAGAAGCUUCACGCAGCCAAGGAAACUCGUUAGCUACAAGGAUAGCCUUGUGGGAGACAUUCCUGGAGCUUAUGAACAAGCUUUCAGAUUUGACAAGGAUUGGGAGGAAGAAUAUGAGUCCGAUACUGAACUUGAACCUUUGCUGGAGGGUAUGGCUGAGGUGAAAUUAUCUAAGGAAACAAAGGCUCGCAUUAGGGCGCCGUGGUCCAAGGCAUUGAUAGUGAAAGUGUACGGUAGAUCAGUCGGAUUCAACUAUCUCACUUUCAAAAUCAAUGCGCUAUGGAAACCGAAGACGAAGAUGGACGGUGUGAAUUUGGGUCGUGAUUUCUUCCUAAUCAGAUUUAGUUGUAAUGAUGAUUAUGAUCAUGUGCUUCGUGAGGGUCCGUGGUUGAUUGGGGAGCAUUUCCUAGCUAUUAUGCCGUGGGAACCAUACUUCAAAGCCUCUGAAGCAAAGCUUUCUUCAGUUGCUGUUUGGGUAAGACUUCCUGAGCUGCCAAUAGAAUUUUAUGAUGCCUCAGUUUUAAAAGAGAUAGGCAGCGUGAUUGGACCGGUACUCCGCAUAGACUCCUAUACAGCUUCAGAAACUAGAGGUGGUUAUGCGAGAUUAUGUGUUCAGAUUAACCUGGAGAAACCUCUUAUCACUUCUAUCCGAGUGGGUAGGAUGGUGCAACGUGUAAUGUACGAAGGUGUAUCUUCACUUUGUUUCAGCUGUGGUCGUUUCGGCCAUAAGAAGGAAAACUGUAGUUUUCAAUUGAAGCAAACUGUCAAGGAGAAUAAUGGACAAGAAGAACAGAGGAUCAAUGAAGGGGUAGUUGUGUCAAGACCCAACUGA